AUGCAAGAGAAGGACUCGGCAUGCCACAUGAGAGCGGACGACAACACAUCAGUGUGCAAGUCCAUGAGUGACCGAAGCAUCGACGGGGAACAUGCGAGCUGCUUGUCCAGCCGACCAGGGUACGAUCCGAGCUACAUGAAGGAAGGGUACUUGCAGAAGCAAGGGCAGCUCCUGAAAGGGUGGAAGAAGCGGUGGUUUGUGUGCGACGGCCGCACGUUGAGCUACUUCCACACCAACUUGGACAAGACUCCAUCUGCGAUCAUCCCUCUGGAAACAGCAACGGUGCAAGACGGCGGAACGAGCGAACGAUGGAACGGGCCUCGCAUUUACGUCACGGACACCAUCAGUGGUGUGGUGUACUGUGUGUCUGGAGAGGACAGCACAUCUGUACUGCAAUGGCUCGUCAUUCUUCAACGCGCCGUUCAACGCAUCUGCGACGCUAAAGCCGAACACAUCAAUGCACCACUCCGACAAAAAAGCCACAGUGUGCCCGCAGACUUGAAGGCCACCGACACCGCCUUCGGCGGGUCCCUUCGCCGACCCACGGCCUCGGUCUCCGUGUCCAACGUCCUCUCAAACACUACCGCUUCAUCCAAGCCGUCCAAGUCUACCUCCCAUGUCACAUCCAAACCAGUCAACUUAUCCACGACCCUUCGCUUGGAGAACGAUCUCGCCGUUGCCAAGGCGCUCCUCGGCACACUCCUCUUCCAGCACUCGCGCUUCCAUGUCAUGUCCAACGUACAGCACCAUCCCAACUUGCGGAUUGGUUUCGUCACAGACCCUGUCACAGGGAAGGCCUACCUCCGCGGCAGCAUUGUCCUGGACGUCGUGCCUGCCCUGGCACUGCGCCUCCUCCUCGACCCCCAAAAGCGACCCGAAUGGGACGUCCACUUCCCACUCGCCUCGCACGUCGCGUCGUACGGCGGCGCCACGGCCCUCCUCCAUCUCGCGUCGACGUCGUCGGUGCCUUUCAUGCCCGCCGCGGAGUAUGUGACACUGUUGGUCGUCGUGGCUUGUGCCGCCGUCGCCGCCUUGGUCAUGUCGAGUCAGUCGCUGAUGCACGCUGCGAAUGCCGCGGUGGUUGGCGCGUUGCUCGGAUCGUUGCUCGUGAUCACGGUGUCCCCCCAAACGUUGUGGAGACACGCCGUUCAGCGCCGGGACCUGCUGCUGCUGCGCCACGUGUUCGAAGCCCAAUCCAGCGCCAACUCUGUCACACUUUCCACCAACGACGCUAUGGUCGUGGCCGAGUUGUCUGUUGUCAACGAACUCAAACCAGUGACACAGUCCACUAUUCGCGGCAGGGUGUCCAUAUCCGGAUGGCUAGUCCAGUCGCUGGGCACCGACGCCACUCUGGUGACACAUGUGGUGGACAACGUCAACUUGAACGGGUGGCUGCCAGCCGCCGUGAGCGAGCGCGUGGCCCGCGAUCGGCUGUCGAAGUGCCUUCCCGCGCUGGCAUCGUUUGUCCAGCACGCCCAAACUCAAGGAUCGCACUGCGGAUACCACGACGACCUGUUCGACAUUGACGCUACUGCAGUCAUCGACGAAGAAGAGGACGAUGUAACCGACAGAAACGACCUACUGGCGCCGAUACUUCCCCUGAACCCCCCCCACGUCGGGCCAUCUGCUCUUGGGUUCCACCCCCGCCAGUACAUGCAGGCCGUGGUGCGCAACCCCGCGGGCGGCGUGACCCUGACCGACAAGGACGUGGCGAAAAAGCAGAAUGGCGUCGUGAUGGAAGUGAUCAAGACCAUGGGCACGAAACUGCUGGACGGCAAGUCGGCCGUGAGUCUGUCGCUGCCCGUGCGCAUCUUUGAGCCGCGCACGAUGCUGGACCGCCUCGUCGACUUUUACAUGUACGCGCCCAACUAUUUGAGCGCCGCGAGCGACGCCACGGACGCGGUCGAGCGCUUCAAGCUGACGAUGGCGUUCGCGGUCGCGGGGUGGCACCACGCCAUGGGCUGCGCCAAACCAUUCAACCCGAUCGUGGGGGAGACGCUGCAGGCCGCCUUUGUCGACGGCGCCACGGUGCACUGCGAGCAGGCGGCGAGCAGCCCGCUGCCCAUCUCGUACGCCCAAGUGGUGCACCCCAAGUACGCCGUGUGGUCACGCGCAGUGGUCAACGUCGCCAUGCACACCAACACGUUCACGCAGAUGCAGAACGGUCCCGUGGUCGUAGCAUUUCCGGACGGCGGGCGGGUCGAGCUGGCGCUGCCGUCGAUGCGCGUGAGCGGACUCUUGUGGGGAGACCGCGUGCUGGACUUGGUGGGAUCCAUCACGUUUCGCGACGAAGCCAACGACCUUGUGUGCGACCUAAAGCUCAACUUUGACGAGCACAAGGGUCUGUUUGCGUCGAAUAAGGCGCCCACGGAUUUCUUCCGCGGUACCAUCAUGCAGCAUGGGGACUCUGUGUGCGACGUGACCGGGUCGUGGCUUGAUGAACUGCGCGCCGGCGACCACGUCCUCUGGAGCUUUGAGCGCGACGCGUGCGCGCCGCUCGUCCGCGUGCCCGACGACCAAGUCCUGCCCUCCGACAGCCGACACCGUCCCGACCUCCGCGCCCUCGCCACCUACGACUUGGACGAAGCCCAAGACCGAAAGUUUCAAGUGGAGAAACUGCAACGCUCGGACCGCGCGUUCCGAAAAGACGGCCGGCGGCCCACUCACUGGACGUUUGCGGCGUCGUAAUGAGUGUUAAUAUGAAGGGAUUGUGAUUGGUUGGUUA